CUUUCUGCCAAACCUUCACUUUGAACUUUGCACCAUGUGUUCUGGCACCAGCCGAGAUGCAGCUGAUGCUGAUUCAGGCUCCCUGAUCUCCCGGCUGCGCAGAGAGUUUCGGAGCGGCCAAGGCAGCAUCAACGUCGCGGGUCUUGCGAGCUCAUGGCUCCAGCAGCUGCUGCGCAGCGCUCGGCAGGGCCUCACCGGACGCGAGCUCCAGGCCUUGGCGCUGCGUGUGGCCCAGCAGCUGCAGGAUCUGCGCGUGAAAAGCUGGAUCAGGGAGUACGAGGUCUCAGAGGAAGAGUACGUCCAUUCCAUGCUGCUCCUGGAGGCGCAGGACCGCUGCGCGGCGCAGAUUCAUACGCCUCUGAAGGUCUCCCUGGCGAAGUACCCGAAGAUGCUGCAAAACCUGCAGAGCCUGUUCAACCGUGCGGACUCGCGCGGCUGCGCCUUUCUGUCGCAGCAAGACCUGGCCAGGAUGUACCGGGAGAGGCUUUGGCGCCUUCAUCCCAACUGCAGCGAUGGCCGGCCUUUGACGGAUGCGGAAAUGGAGGAUCCGAAUGGCCUGGCCCAGCAGCUGCUCGAGGCCAUGGAUGUUGACCUCGACGGCUUGGUCAGCUAUGCUGAGUUCGUCGCCUUCUGCGUGGGUCGACGGAAACGAGAGGUCAAGCUUCACCUCUACGACCUCUCGAAGGGCGCGGGGGGGCAGUUGGAGUGGCUGCUCGGCGAGGGCAUGUCACAGAUCUGGCAUACAGGCGUAGUGGCCUUUGACAAGGAGUACUUCUUCUCGAGUGACACCAUCUUUGACGCCGCAGGCAAGACCAGCUUCGGAGAACCGUCCCAGGUGAGAUCCUUGGGCUACACGUUCUGGAACCAGGAUGAGUUGCACGAUUUCAUCGUGACGGAAUUGAAGCCGAUUUUCCACAGGGACACCUACGACGUGAUCUGCAACAAUUGCAACCACUUCAGCGACCGGGUCUGCAUGUACUUGACAGGUCGCCAUCUGCCCGAGGACAUCCGGCAGCAGACGGAUCGGCUCAUGGACUUAGUCACCGUGCGCGCGGUGCGGCCCUUCCUGAACUGGCUGCUGCGAGACUGCGUGGUGUCUCGUGAUGGCACUGCCAGGCCAGUGGAGGCUUCACAUGGAAGGUGGCACCGCGUCACCACUGCGGAGGAGGUGGUGCCUGGCACUGUGGUGGCGCUGCAUCCCGAGUGGGGCCGCACCGCCGCUGUGCUUGGCAUCGUGUGCGAUAGCCGAGACAAUGAGGUGCCAACAGCCGUGAAGACCAGCUUGCCUGUGCUCAGUUGUGGCUCUUAUAGCUGCAUGCCGCAGAGCGCCUGUUGCGACUCCUCCAAAACGGUGCUCACCACCGUCAGCGGGGACCUGGAGGUGUGCGUCAAGUUCCUGGAUGUGACGCUGCAAGGCCAGAAGGAGGGCGCUUGCGCAUGCCGCCUUCAAACGCAGAAGGUUCCGGUCUCCAGGCUGUCUCUGGUGACACUGGAUGGCACAGGCUUUGGAGCCCGGUACCGGGAGGCCUUGGACUUCCUGACGCAGAACCUGGUCACGAAGCCGGGCACGCGGUCCGUGUGGACCUUGAACGAGAAAAGCGUUAUGAUCAGCGAUUUGGACAGCCAGACAGUGUCGGAGUGCUUGGACGCCGAGGUGCCUGCGCUGGACCCCAUCCAACUGGCGCAGGCGGAGAAUCGCUCCUGGCACCGGGAGGCCCAAGGCACAAUGGUGGAGGCAUGAAAAGGAACCGGCUGCUCUCCCAAUUCCGCUUUCUGAGCAGUAAGCAAGAGAUGUGUACGGGCCGCGCACAGCACGGAUAGCCGUUUUGUGCCGCUCUCUGUCUCACCAGUAUCUAAGAUUUAUUUUCAACCGAUGAAAUUAAGAACCACUCGCUCGUUG